CUGUAACUCAAGCCUGAUUCCUUGCUCUCUUGGUUGCACCUCCUACUGCAGAAAGUUGGUAUCACAGAAAGUAACUGAGAGAACUGCCACUCAAACAGGACAAGCAUCUCAGCAUGCUCAGUAUUCCCGUCUACAGUUCUGUCCAUCUGUGAGAGUGACACCAUACUGGAACAGCAGACCCAACUGACCAAAAGAAGCCCAGACACUGAAGCCUACUUUUAAGCAUAGCGUCCGGUCCGGAUACUCACUACUUUAUUUACCUCCACACCACCCACUUUUUGUACCACUGCCAGCUAACGGAUCUGUAAUGUAAAACCCGUUGUUAUCUUACUUUACAAAAUCAAGGGGAUGAACUCAAACCCGUGAUCCUCCGGCACAAAUCUAAAAAGGACAACGACCGCAUUGGAUGACCAGGGGAAAACGUACAUAGGCUAUAUUAAGGCACCUGAUGACAUCAAAAACAUCCUGAUCGAUGAAAGGGCAGACAAGAAAAGAAGGAGAAAUGAUCUUUAGAAAAAGGCCUCAGAUAUACUAUGCCUUGGUCAUUUUGAUAAUAGCACUGACUGGCAGUGAGGGCCAGAGACAGCGAGCAGGUUGCAAGAAUGUUCAUUAUGACUUGGUCUUUAUCUUGGACACUUCUUCAAGUGUGGGCAAGGACAAUUUUGAAAAGGUUCGACAGUGGGUAUCAAAUUUGGUGGAGACCUUUGAUAUUGGACCAGACAGAACUCGGGUAGGGGUUGUACGGUACAGUGACCGACCCACCACAGAAUUCCCGCUUGGACGGUAUAAGACUGUAUCUGAAAUAAAGCAAGCAUCAAAAAAUAUCAAAUACUAUGGUGGAAAUACUAACACUGGUGAUGCCAUCAAAUAUAUCACCACUAAUAGUUUUACAGAAAGGGAAGGUGGAAGGCCACAAGAUGCAACCAUUAAGAAAGUUGCUAUUCUACUGACUGAUGGAAGAAGUCAGGAUGUUGUUUUGGAACCAGCCACAGAAGCACAUAACCAGGGGAUCAGGAUUUUCGCAGUUGGAGUUGGUGAAGCUCUACAGGAAGAACUGGAAGAAAUUGCAUCAGCACCUAAGCCUGCUCAUGUUUUUAAUGUAGCAGACUACAGUGCUAUCGAUAUAAUCAGAGGAGAGCUCAGACGAAGACUCUGCGAAAAUGUGCUUUGCCCUGUCCUGCGGAUAGAAGGGGAACAGUUUAAACAAACCAAUGGGGGCACAGAAGACAUACCAGGUUUUGACCUAAUGAAGCUGUUCCAUGUCAAAGAGAUUUUUCUAAUGAAAGAAGAUGGAGGACAAAGUUCCUAUGUACGGCUUGGAUCUAUGCCUGCUGUUAAGUUUACAGAUGAGGUUUUUCGACAAGGGCUUCCAGAUGAAUAUGCCUUUGUAACAACAUUCAGAUUCAGAAAGACAUCCCGAAAAGAAGACUGGUAUAUCUGGCAGAUUAUUGGCAAGAAUAACAUUCCAGAGGUUUCAAUCAGGCUCGAUGGGGAAGACAGAGCAGUAGAGUAUAGCUCUAUCGGUGUUACGAAAGAUGCUGUUAAAGUAUCAUUUAGAAAUGGAAAAGUUGGCAACUUGUUUGACCGUAACUGGCAUAAGCUCGCCCUAAGUGUGCAACCAGAUUCUGUUUCCCUUUACAUAGACUGUAAACUAGUGGAGACCCUUCCAAUUGAGGAAAGGGAGAAUAUUGACAUUCAAGGAAAGACAGCAAUUGGCAAAAGAAUAUAUGACAGUGCACCUAUUGAUUUUGAUCUCCAGAGGAUGGUUAUUUAUUGUGACUCAAAGCACGCAGAACUGGAGACAUGCUGUGAUAUUCCUUCUGGUCCAUGCCAAGUAACUGUUGAAACAGAAGCUCCUCUUGUGGGACCCACACCAACACCGACACCUGGUGGUCAACAGAAUGCUGGUCUUACAACUUUGAACUGCAGCUGUGCAAAUGGAACCAAGGGUGAACGUGGUCCUAUGGGCCUUCCAGGAGCAAAGGGUGAAAGAGGAAUUCCUGGCCCUGAAGGACCCCCUGGUCCCAAAGGUGAAAAGGGAGAACAGGCUACAGAUGCCCAAGUUAGGGGGCCAAAAGGAGAAAAGGGUGACAGUGGUCUGCCUGGAGAAUUUGGGCGUCCAGGACCUGCAGGCCCCAAGGGAUCUCAGGGACCUCCUGGAGUGAAGGGAAUCAAGGGAGAUCUGGGAGCACCAGGCUUGAGAGGCGAAAUGGGCUUAAUUGGACCAUCAGGACCAACGGGGGAAAGAGGACCUCCUGGAUUACCCGGAAGCACAGGCCCCCCUGGAAAAGAUGGCAUCAAGGGAAGCAUUGGACUUCAAGGUAUUCCUGGAGUAAAAGGGGAAAAGGGUGAUGUUGGACCAGUUGGGCCUCCAGGAUUACCAGGAGAUGUGAUACAAAAGGAAGGUUUAAAAGGAGAACCGGGUGCACCUGGACCCCGUGGGCCACAAGGCCCUGCAGGAACAAAAGGCAACCCAGGUUUUCCAGGUGUUCCAGGAAAAGAUGGCCCUCCAGGUGCCAUAGGUCCAAAGGGUAAGAAUGGUGAACCAGGACUGCCUGGAGUAGAUGGGUUAAAUGGAAAUCCUGGUCCCAUAGGGCCACCAGGUGCUGCAGGACCUCCAGGAACACAAGGACCUCCGGGAUUACCGGGUGAACGUGGUUUACCAGGUAAAAAGGGUGAGCCUGGAAUAUCAAUACCAGGGAAAGAUGGACUGGAUGGGCUACCUGGAUUGCAAGGAGAAAAGGGUGGAAAAGGUGACACAGGCGCACCCGGUGUUCAUGGGAAACCUGGACCAAAGGGUGAAGUUGGUCCCCAAGGAUUAGCAGGCCAUCCAGGCAAAAAGGGAGAUCCUGGACUUCCUGGGACUGAUGGACUUCCUGGGCUGAAUGGUUUACAGGGAGAUAAGGGUGACAAAGGAACAACUGGAGGAGCUGGACCGAAAGGAGAAAAGGGAGAUCUGGGCCCUAUAGGUCCAAAAGGCCCUCCUGGCCCUCCAGGGACGGCAACAGCACUUACACCAGAACCUGGAAUUCCUGGAGAACCUGGACAGAAGGGUGAUAAAGGAGAAAAGGGCGAUACUGGAGUGGCAGGACCACAGGGUGUUCCUGGUGAACAUGGCAUCCCUGGACCUACAGGACCUCAGGGUAUGAAGGGCCAAGACGGUGCAAAAGGAGCUUCUGGUGCAAAGGGUGACAUUGGUCCUCCAGGACCACCAGGUCCCCAGGGUCCUCGUGGCUUACCAGGCAAUGUUGGUGUACCAGGAGAUGUAGGCCAAACAGGAAAGGCUGGAGAGAAGGGUGACAAGGGUGAUCCUGGUAAAGAAGGCAAGCAAGGACCUGCCGGACCUGCAGGUGAAACAGGACAAAUAGGACCACCAGGGCUACCUGGGAAAGGCAAGCCUGGAGAACCGGGUGAGCCAGGAGCAGCAGGAUUACCAGGACCACAAGGACCCAAGGGGGAUGCAGGACCACCUGGAUUAACUGGUCCACCUGGAGAAAGAGGUCCCCCUGGAGCUUCAAUUGUUGGGCCAUCAGGUGCCCAUGGACAACAAGGAGAACGAGGAAUACAAGGUCCCAGAGGAUUACCGGGUGUUCCAGGACAGCAAGGCACCCCAGGAACAAGUGGUCAGCCUGGUGCAUCUGGUGAAAGAGGUCCUCCUGGAGAUCCUGGACCAGCAUCCACUAUUGACCCUAGUGACAUACGUGGCUUGCUAGAGGGCAUGUGCAAAGACUGCCCACCUGGGCCUGCUGGCCUGCCGGGUAUGCCAGGAUAUAAAGGUGACAAAGGCUUACCUGGACCUGUAGGAAAAGAUGGCAAAAACGGACAUAAGGGUGAUACUGGCCCUCCAGGACCUGAAGGCCCGCGUGGACUUGAUGGAAUGAAGGGCAGCAAGGGAGACAGAGGAUUUCCAGGGGAACCUGGAGCUAAAGGUGAACCGGGUCUACCAGGAGCACCUGGAUUUCCUGGACCACCCGGCAAUACUGGACCACCUGGCGCAGAUGGUAUACCUGGAAUUACUGGUCCCCCAGGAUUACCAGGACAAAUGGGUAAGGAGGGUAUGCCAGGACUGCCGGGACCACCAGGACUACCAGGACCUAUAGGACUCCAUGGAAAAGAUGGAAAAGAUGGCAGACCUGGGCCAGCUGGUGAACCUGGAAAACAAGGAGAACCUGGACCUCCUGGCAGAGAGGGUUUAAGAGGCCUACCUGGUAUCAAAGGACACAGAGGUGAUAUUGGUCCAGCUGGCCCACGAGGUGAACAAGGCCCAGCAGGUCCUCCAGGACGAUCAGGAUUACCAGGAAAAGAUGGAGAUCCUGGCCCUCAAGGUCCUCAGGGUCCAGCUGGAAGCAGAGGAGAACCAGGGAAAGUUGGACAGCCUGGACCUCCAGGGAAAACAGGUCUGCCUGGAAAUCCUGGUCCAAGAGGUAACAAGGGAGACAGCGGAAGUGCAGGAAUGCCAGGAUUUCCAGGCCCCCCUGGUCCUGUGGGCCCUGCAGGAGAAAAAGGUCCCUCAGGCAUUGACGGAUCUCCUGGAAAAGCUGGAGAAAGAGGAUCCAAAGGAGAAAGGGGAGAUACUGGAAUCAAAGGAGAAAAAGGACUUCCUGGUGAUAAGGGGCAGGCUGGUGACCCUGGCUUGCCUGGUAUUAAAGGUCAUACUGGAAUGAUGGGGCCUCCAGGACCUCUUGGAGAUAGAGGAACACCUGGACAUCCUGGUCAGCCUGGACUUCCUGGAACUCCAGGGGAAAAGGGAGAUACACCGUCCUUGGAUAUUCUUCGAAGACUUAUUCAAGAAGAGCUAGGAAAACAACUGGAUGCAAAAUUGGCCUACAUUAUGUCUCAGAUGCAGCCAGCACACGUAAAAGCUGCUGCUGGAAAACCAGGCCUUCCUGGUCCACCUGGUAAGGAUGGACUUCCUGGAAGGCCAGGGCCUUCUGGAGAGCCUGGUACACCUGGCAUAAUGGGACCUGAAGGACCACCGGGAAUGAUGGGUCAAAAAGGUGAAAGAGGUUCCAAAGGUGAAAGAGGAGAACCUGGUAUUGGGCAAAGAGGUGAAAUGGGCUUGCGUGGACCUGCUGGCACACCCGGUUCACCAGGCUAUGGAAAGGAUGGUGUUCCUGGAACUCCAGGACAGCAGGGUGAGCCAGGAAAUUCUGGACCACCUGGUCCAGCAGGUCCCCCUGGGCAAAAUGGACAGUGUGACCCAUCCCAGUGUGCUUAUUUUGCAAGUUUUGGUGCUGCUCGUCCAUCUAAUGUUAAAGGACCAUAGAAGAGAAGCACUUACAAUUUAAGAACCUUAACAUAGCUGGAAAAAUAUGUGAUGACUUUUAGAAAACUACAAGCCAAUGAUUGCUGGUCAACAGAAUUUUUUACGACUGCUGGAAUAAUCUUUUUUCCCCUUUGACUUUGGGGAAUCUUUGUAUUUAAGCAUGUUUAAAAAGACAUUAAAGAUGUAGAGUUACUUUAGCUGGAGAUUAUGAACAGAACCUGCCUGAGGUAUCAGAUUAUCACUGCAUCUGUGAAAAUGUUCCAGUACAGUUACUCAAAUAAUCUAUCUGCAUUGGGACCACUAUCAGCUUCAGAUCAAUGCCAUUUAUGCAAAUCCUGGACAGCCAACUUUUUGAGAGAGGAAACAAACAUUUUUAGUUCUAAUGGAUUUUACUACUUUGUUUCUAUGUUCCUCUAACUGUGGAAUUUGAUCACAGAACACCCAUUUAUGGAUGGAUAUUAUGUAAGGUGUGCCCUAUUUUACUAGUGUCAGUCAUGUCAGUGAUAUAAAUGAGAAAGAGUGAAGAAUAACAAAUGCCAUGCAGUGUGUCAGAUAAAUAUGGCUGUGUGUUGUGUAUUAAUUACAACAGUUAAACAGAAGAACAGCAUGUCUAGGUUGCACAUUUUCAUUGCUUAUCAACUGUGUGAAAACUACAGACUGUGAAAUCACAUUUGCAUAGUUUUUGACUAAUGUCACAACUCUAAGUGUCUCUCUCUGUUUAUAUAUCUAUGGGUUAUGAUAUUUAUUUGAACUAUCAUAAACUUGUACCACAAACAUUUGAACUGAAAUGUUCGACAAUGACAAUAGUAAAAAAGAAAAAACAGAUAUCUUUUUUACAAGAGGCAACCCAGUUACGUUCCUUUCAACAAGUAGCUGUUUUGUCGAAUAUGGGAAUACUUCAGUACAGCUAAUCAAAAAUCGAAUGACCAAACAUUACCAGCUUUUUCUAUGCCAGAUCAUGGAAGAGAGGGGCUUCCAAAAUGUGCCCCUUCCCCACUGUAGUGCUAUAUAUUGGGUAGGUGGUGUGAGGAUAUGGGCUUGCACCCCUGCAGAAAUUGAUGUGUUUUUUUUUUAUGUUGUCAUACUCAGCCAUUUGGAUUCUAUCAUUUGUGGCUUGAGUCUAUGACAUUGGAAUGAAAUGUCCUAAACCUAUA